AUGGGCGAGUCGAUGGUUAGUCCUCUGGUUGGAAAAGUUGUGGACUUAUUGUUUGGUGUGGCUAUCAAGGAGUUUAGUUACAUGUGGAAUUGCAAAGAAAAUGUUAAAACGUUGCAGAGUGAAGUUGAAAACCUAAAACUUAUGAGGGAGAAGUUUCAACAACAAAUAAAUAACGCUAAUUUUAAAGGAGAUAAUCUCGUACAAGGUGUGGAAGAGUGGUCAAAGAAGGCGGCAAACGAAAUAUCCAAGGCCGAAGUGUUUCUUCAACAUGAAGCAAACGCCCACAAGACAUGCUUCAGAAUAAGAAUAUGUGCCAACUGGGGGACCCUUUAUCAUUACGGUAAGAUGGCAACGAAGAUGGCUUAUUCUCUUUCACAACACCAAGUAAGCGGCAAGUCUUAUGAAAGUGGGGUAUCUCUUUAUAAUCCUCCACCAGGACCACUUGAUUCUUAUGAAAACAAAGACCUUGAUGGUGGUGUUGGGAAAACUACACUAGCCAAGGAAGUUGUUCCAAGAGUAAAGCAUUUGUUUCAUGAUGUUGCAUUCAUAACCGUCUCGCAAAGUGUAGAUAUUGAGAAGAUUAAAAAAGAAAGUGAAGAUGCAAGAAAGAGAAUAAAGAAAAAGCAUAAACUUCUAAUCAUAUUAGAUGACGUUUGGGAGACACUCUCCUGGGAAGAAUUAUGCAUGCCACUUUCGAGAAACCUUAAGAUUUUGCUGACGACUAGAAGUGAAAAAGUGUGCCAGAAAAUGAAGGUUGAUAGUAAAAUCUAUGUCGACUCUUUGCCAGCAAAAGAAGCAUGGAUUCUUUUCAAACGCGUGGUCGGUGAAAAAGUGGAAACCGACACCAAUUUGAAACAAGUUGCAUACGAUGUUGCUGCACAAUGUGGUGGAUUGCCACUCUUUAUUCAAGCUGUAGGGAAUGCUUUGAAAGAUGAAACCAUUAAUACAUGGAAAGCGACUCUUUCUCGACUCAAGAAACCCGUAUCAUCGGAAUUGGAUCUGGAUAUAGCUAAAGCAUUUACUCGUUUGCAACUAAGUUAUGAAUAUCUUAAAAGUGAAGAAGCCAAGUCGUGCUUCUUGCUAUGUGCUAUGUUCCCUAGCGACUAUACUAUUUCGUUGGAAGACUUGGUAUAUUAUAUGGUGGGUUUGUAUAAGUUUGAUGACCUUGAUAGCAUGGAGGAUGCAAGAGAUAGGGUUCGAAAUGCAGUUAAUCUUCUCACAUCCUCUUGCUUGUUGUUGAAGGUGGAGGAUGAUGAAGGCUUCACCAAAAUGCAUGACGUUAUUCAUGACGUGGCAAUGUUAAUUGCAUCUAAAGGUAAAAACAAAUAUCUGGUAAAGGCUGGGAAACGUUUGACAAAAUGGCUACCAAAAGACAACAACCUAAAAAGCUACACGGGUAUCUCACUCAUGAACAAUAGUAUCUCCGAGCUUCCUGACUGUGAGAUUCAUUUAUCAAGCCUUGACAUUUUCCUUGUAAAUAACAAUUCGGAAUUGUCAAUUAUUUCUGAUAAGUUCAUUGAGGGCAUGAGAGAAGUCAAAGUAUUAGAUAUGAGGUGUUGUCAAUUUGCGCAGCUUCCACAAUCAUUGAAGCUACUCACAAAACUUCGUGUCCUUAAUCUUGAAGAAAACUACCUUUUCCAUGAGAUUUCUAUUCUUGGGGAGAUGAAAGACCUUGAGAUUCUAAUUCUUAAUAGAACUGGAAUCAAAGAAAUUCCUAAAGAGAUUGGUGAGUUGGUGAACUUAAGGCGGCUUGAAGUUAUUAGGUGUAGAUAUAUGACUCGUGUAACAUCGGGCGUGAUUUUAAAGCUCCAAAGUUUGGAAGAGUUGUACAUUGACCUUAGCAAGAUGAGGGAAGGAGUUAAUGGUUGUCUUGCUGAGGUAAUGAAGUUGUCGAAUAUCAUAUACUUAGAUUUAACAGUGAAAUGUUUUGAUCUUAUUCCCAAAGGUUUUAAUUUAGAAAAUCUAAAAAGAUUUGUUAUUCAAAUCGGAGAUUUCUAUCUAGAGUAUGAACUCAGGGGAGAUUUCUAUCAAGUAAAUGAGCUUAGGAGGCUAGAUCGUUAUUUAAUUAUUUCAAGUGAACAUGUUAUGAUUGCGCUAAAUAACAUCAUGCCGACCCUGUAUAAAGUGGAGCAUAUUGAGUUGUAUGAUUGUCCUCAUGUGUCAUGCUUAGUUGAUGAUGGUACACUGUGUGAUGGGGAUGAAGGGAAAACAAAAGAAAAGUGUUUCAAGAAACUACAACAUCUUGAAUUGGGGUCCCUAAGUAAAUUGGAGGUGAUAUGGAAAUGCCCAGAUGAAUAUAUAAGUCUAAGUAACCUAGUCAAGCUUUAUAUCUAUAGUUGUGAUAAGUUAGAAAGGAUAUUCACUAUAACUGUAGCACAAGGCCUUGUCAAUCUCAAGAAAUUGAAAAUUGAAGGUUGCGACAGUCUAGAGGAAGUGAUUUGGGGUAGUGAAGGUCGUCGAGAUGAUGCAUCUGGAAAUGUUAUAGUGUUCCCUUCCCUCGCCCAAAUAUUGCUUUUGUUCUUAAGGAAACUGAAAGGAUUCUUUAACUCAGUUGGGAAUUGUAGUAUCAGAUAUCCAUCUUUGGUGGAUGUUGAAAUACGUGGUUGUGGGAGCAUGGACAUAUGGGGCCCUGGAAUCCACGAAACACCCAACCUCAAAACAUUGGUAGGACAUUCAGGUAUGCCCAUAGCAGUCAAUGGAUCUUUUGCCAUAAAUGAAACCGUGAAAAAAUCAUUGAGAUUGUACAACCAGCCAACCAGGUAGUUAAUUUUAAACUUAGAUUCUUAAAAAGCAAAGAAUAUUUCGUACAAAUAAUUAACUUUCUAUUUAACUAAGUGUAGAAUUUUUUACAUUUCUCACAUCUCUGAAUUCUGUUAACAUGUUUAAAACUUUAU